UCACGAGUGUCUCUGGGAGCAUUUCAGGGUUCCAUCAAAAUUGACAGAACAGAUCCCAUGAAGACCAAUGAAAAAGCAAGGCUUGUCAGUCGAGCAACAUGAAUAGGUACAGCAUCUCUUCAACUGCUGCAUCUGUGGGAACUGACUGCCAAGAGGUCUUUAUCCCUCAUGAGGUCUUCCUGGUUGUUGGCGUAGCAAGUCUGACUGAAAAUCUACUGAUAGUGCUUGCAGUGAUACUCACCCCUAAACUACACUCACCAAUGUACCUGUUCAUCUGCAAUCUAGCUGCUUUCAACACCCUUUCUAGCCUGUGCAUGGCCUGGGAGAGCACCAUGCUGGCCUUCUCUGCUGCUGGUCACUUGGACUUACAAGGGACAGUGGAGCUUCACCUGGACGAUGUGAUUGACACAUUAUUAUGCAUGUCCUUUUUGGGUUCUUUUUGCAGUUUCUUGGCAAUUGCUGUGGAUCGCUACAUUACUAUAUUUCAUGCCCUGCGGUAUCAUGCCAUUGUAACAUGCCGACGGGCAAUCAUAGUCCUAGGGAUAACCUGGGCAUUGUGUGGCACUGGUGGAGCAGUUAUGAUAUGGUUCUUUGAAAUCGCCACUGUUAUGGUGACCUUCAUCAUCAUUUUUCUUCUGGCUUUGCUCCUCAUUCUACCCCUCUAUGUUCUCAUGUUUCUUCUGGCACGGAAGCAUGCAGGACACAUUGCUUCUUUACCAGGUGUUUUGGAAGCAGGAAGAACUCGCCUUCCUGGCUGGAGAAGCAUGCAGGCAGCCUUGACACUCACCAUUCUAUUUGGUGUGUUUAUGGUGUGCUGGACCCCUUUUUUUCUGCACCUGCUAUUGUUAACGCUGUGCCCACAAAACCCUUACUGUGAAUGCUACCGCUCCCUGUUUCACCUACAUCUUCUGCUGUCAGUCAGCCAUGCAGUCAUUGACCCCACAAUCUAUGCCUUCCGCAGUAAAGAACUCAGACGCUCAUUUCGGAGGAUGCUGCGCUACCCAAUUCUAUGAAGUCUGAGCAUAAAACCAUGUUUUCAUCUCACAACAACUCUGUAAGCUGAUAGUCCAGACAUUAUAGUCUAUUCAGAGUAUCAUAACUGAACCCUCAUGCCAUACAAAUCACCACAGGCAUCACUUAAACUGAGUCUAUUUGAUAUCGUUUUUCUUUUUUUUAAGAUUUUAAAAUGUCCUUGCUUGUUUUUAAGAGAAUGCUUUUUUUAUACGCAGAUUUAGCUUGUUUUCUUGAUAGGUCCUAAAAUACUGUACACUAUAUUGCCAAAAGUAUUUGCUCAUCUGCCUUGACUUUCAUAUGAACUUCAGUCAUAUCCCAUUCAUACUGUUAUCCAUUUAAUAUGACUGUCAAUCCACCCUUUGCAGUUAUAACAGCUUCAACUCUUCUGGGAAGGCUUUCCACAAGGUUUAGGAGUGUGUUUAUGGGAUUUUUUGACCAUUUUUUCCAAAGCACAAUUUGCCAGGUCAUCCACACCAAACUCUGGAGACAUAUUGUUACACAACUUAAAAUGACUAAAACAUACUAGAAUAUGAUAGUUAGUUCAUAAUACCACCCAGCCCUAGACAAGAUAAUAAACUCCUAAAGGUCCUAUUGUAAAUGUUU